AUGCCCGGCGCUUGGCAAUCAAUUACGGAGGCUUUCCCUCCCAAGCCUACAUGGGGUGUUGACGACAUCCCAGACCUUACAGGCAAGGUCGUUAUCGUGACAGGUGCAACUGCCGGCAUAGGGCAGGAAACUGCGAAGGCCCUGCUUGCUCAUAAUGCCAAAGUCUAUGUGGCCGCGCGUAGCGAAACCAAGGCCGAAGAAACCAUUCGCGUCUUGAAAGAGCUGACGGGGAAAGAGGCGCUCUUUUUGAAACUGGACCUGGGUGAUUUGAAGUCGGUAAAGCAGGCUGCGGAGGAGUUCCAAAGAAAGGAAACGGAAUUGCACAUCUUGUUCAAUAACGCCGGUGUCGGUGCCACACCCAUCGAAAUGACAACGGUGCAAGGUUACGAUAUGCAGUUUGGAACCAACGUCCUCGGUUCGUUGCCUUUCUCAGUUACCGCAUCUGGAAGAACAGUCCAAUGGCGGAAAAGAUUCUUGGGUGGAUGUUCUAUCCGGCCGAGUAUGGGGCUUUGA